AUGGCUCUUAAUGUUAAUGAAACUCCACCGGAGGAUGAAUCUUUCGAAGAAAUCAAAGAUGAUAGAAGCAUCCGAGUGCCUACAUCGGUUGAGAGUCCUCCCACCGAUUUGGAACUCAAGCCACUUCCGGAUCAUUUAGAGUUUGCAUAUUUAGAAGGUACAUCUUUUCUCCCCAUUGUUAUUUCAUCUUCCUUGAGUGAGGAUGAAAAAUCUAGGCUUAUUACCGUGUUGAAGGCCCAUAAAAAGGCCUUUCCAUGGAAGAUUUCUGAUAUUCCGGAGCUUGACUUGUCUAAAAAUGGUUUUACUGGGAAGGUUAACAUAGAUUUCAGACGUAUGCCGAAUCUCUUCCGUGUUACAUUAUUUAAAAACAGUCUAGGGAGUUCCGAACUUGAUGAGAUGAACUUCAUUGAUUCCAUGGUCAAUUGUAGCAAACUAGAUAUGAUAUAUCUUCACAUGAACCAAUUGACUGGAGUUCUUCCUAGUUCUCUAGGUAAUCUUUCAUCUCAACUUACAGCUCUAACAUUUUCUAGUAACUUCAUUUUUGAGCCCUUACCUUCUGGGAUUGGGAAUCUUGUGAAGUUAAAAGUAUUAGAUAUAGGCUCUAAUCAGUUGACAAGGAUAGUUCCAAGUGAACUUGGUAAUCUACAAAACCUUAUAUAUUUAUACAUGAGUAACAAUUACUUCACCGGAAGCUUACCAAAUUCUAUAGGAAACUUGCAGUCAUUGCUAGAGUUGAGUUUCGAAGGAAAUACAUUAGAAGGACAAAUACCUCACAAUCUUGGAAACUGCAGGGGUUUGUUGGCAUUGGACCUUUCUGUAAACAAUCUUGCUAGCCCCAUACCCGUUGAACUUUUUCAGCUAUCAUCCCUGUCGCUCUAUCUAGAUCUUUCUCUCAGCUAUUUUGUUGGACCCCUUCCUCAUGAGAUAGAAAAACUCAAAAGUUUGACGGUGCUUGAUCUCUCACACAAUGAUAUGGUGGGAUCAAUACCAAAUGCCAUCGCAAGCUGCACAAGCCUUGAGUACCUAAAUCUUGGUGUCAAUUCCUUUAAAGGUCCGAUACCUGCCUCAAUGAGUGUUUUAAGAGGUAUCACCGACCUUAAUCUUUCCAGUAACAACUUCUCCGGACAAAUUCCAAAAUUCCUAGAGCAACUAAACUUGACUUCAUUGGAUUUGUCGUUCAACAAUCUUGAAGGUGAGGUACCGUUGGAAGCUAUUUUCAAGAAUGCGAGUUUGAUCUCGAUUCAGGGGAACAAUAGGCUGUGUAGAGGCCUUCCUCAAUUUUGCCUGCCCAAAUGUGCCAUUGUAUCAAGGUCAAAGACAGGCUCUAGAACAUCACGUCAAUGGUCUUGUCUUAUCUAUUUUAUUGGAAAAGAAGGAAGGCACAAGCACAACCAGCAGAAGAAGCUUCAUACGGGCAACCGUAGUGUUGUUUAUAAGGGUAUUCUUGAACCAGCUGAUGGAAUGGUUGCCAUCAAGGUUCUAAAGCUUGGAAGCCAUGGAGCUUUGAAGAGUUUCGUGAUGGAGUGUGAGGCUUUGAAGAACGUACGACAUCGUAAUCUUGUAAAAGUCAUUACUUCCUGUUCAUCCGUUGACUUUCAGGGUAAUGAUUUCAAAGCUAUUAUUUACGAGUUCAUGCCAAACGGGAAUCUUGAAAACUGGCUACAUCCAAGUUCAGAACAAGAGGUUGAUAUCGAAAAAGCUCCUCCACAUAGGUUGACCCUUCGCCAAAAAGUAACGAUUGCAUCAGAUGUAGCUCAUGCCAUGCAUUACCUCCACCAAGAGUGUGAGGUGCCCAUUAUUCAUUGUGAUCUGAAGCCAAGCAAUAUCUUACUUGACAAUGACAUGGUUGCUCAUAUUGGUGAUUUCGGGCUCGCAAAGUUUCUGCCAUUAAAACCACGCGAAAGCAGUUCAGCUGGAUUAAGAGGGACUAUUGGGUAUGCACCUCCAACUAAUCAGUUAAACUGA